GUACAUUACAUCUAUUUCCGGGGUCAUGCUUCUGCGUGGGCAAGUCAGGGAGCAGUCGGGAAAGAGAGCGGGAUAAGGAUGACGCCGGAGAAAGAGGGCUUGGUGCCUGCCCUCAUUGACAGGACUAUGAAGAUGAAGAAGGAGGAGCAGACCAGGAAGGUGGUGCUUGCCUGGGGAGUCCUCAACGUUUCUCUGGCCGGCAUGAUCUACACAGAAAUGACAGGAAAAAUGCUGAGCAAAUAUUACAACAUCUCCUAUUGGCCUCUUUGGUAUAUAGAACUAGUACUGGCUUCUUUGUUCAGCCUCAAUGCCCUGUUUGACUUCUGGAGGUACUUCAAGUACACAGUGGCUCCUUCUACCAUCACAGUGACUCCUGAACAACACAGGCUUCUCGGUCUGAGGAACUCGGGGAUCCAGGUCUCUCCUCCUCAGAAGCCAGAGAAGAAGGAAGCUCCUGUCUCCACCCAGGCCUCACCCCUGCAGGGUCAGAGCGUGCUGAGCUACAGCCCCUCGCGGCCCCCCAGCACCAGCCCCAAGUUCUCCCCCGGCUGCGUGACCGGCUACAGCCCCUCGCUGCAGAGCCCUUCCCCUGCAGGCAGCGGUGGCUCCUUCUCCCCUCCCCUUGCCUACUCUGCCAACAGCAGCUUCAACAAGAUGUUGAACUACAGCCCGUCCCCAGGAUCCUCUCCCUAUCCCAGUAGUGUUGGCCCGGCGGAGGGCUCCAGCCUGAGAGCACGAUAUCGCACCUCUCCCUCGGUCUUCAACUCUCCUGGCGGGAAAGAGGAUUACGUGGCUGACCUCAAGUCUCUGGAGUCAUUCCUGCGCUCUGAAGAGGAGCGAAGGCAUCGCAGCCAACUGGGAAGUCCAGAGUCUGCCUCUCCUUCAAACAGCCCUACAUUCUGGAAUUACAACCGCUCAGUGGGAGACUACGCUCAGAGUCUGAGGAAAUUUCAGUACCAGUUAGCCUGCAGGUCCCAGGCUCCUUCUGCACACAAAGAUGAAACAGACCUGGGCUCCAAACAAGCUGCUGAAGAGGUCUGGGCCAGGAUUACAACAAACCGCCUGGUGGUGGAUCGGAUCGAUACCUGGACAGCCAAGCUUAGAAAUUGGAUUAACGACACUAUCCUGGUUGCACUGGUGAAAGAGAUUGAUUCUGUGAAUACGCUGCUCAGAAGGAUGGGAUGUCCUGAGCUGCAAACAGGAGAAGCCAGUAUCAGCAGUCUUAAACAAGCAGCUCUGGUGAAAGCUUCCUUAAUUCCAACGUUGAAUACAAUUGUACAGUAUCUGGACAUCACACCCAACCAAGAAUACCUUGUCGAGCGAAUCAAGGAGCUGGCACACGGCGGGUGCAUGAGCUCAUUCCGAUGGAACGGAGGAGGUGACUUCAAGGGAAGGAAAUGGGAUACCGACCUGCCCACCGAUUCAGCUAUUAUCAUGCAUAUUUUUUGCACAUAUCUGGACUCCCGGCUUCCACCGCAUCCAAAAUACCCCGAUGGGAAGACGUUCACCUCCCAGCACUUCAUACAGACACCGGACAAGCCAGACAUGUCAAAUGAGAACCUGUUCUGUAUUCAUCAAAGCAGCACUAACCCUCCUCAUUAUCAGCUCAUCUACCAGGGGCAUAUCUACAGUCUUCCAAAGGGCAGAAACAAUAUGUUCCACACUAUUCUCAUGUUUCUGUUUGUCAUUAAGACCAAGGAAUCUGGGAUGUUGGGAAGAGUUAAUCUUGGCUUAUCAGGAGUGAACAUCCUGUGGAUAUUUGGUGAUUGAAAUUGUUCUGUUUUCUAAUGCUCUUCAGCAUUAGUUCCUUUGAAUUUAGGAGACCUUUACAAUUGGGCUAUUUUUACAGAAGAUUGCCAUGGUGAAAUAAACCUUGUAUGUUCUUCAUCGGUUUAUGUGCUAAUGUUUUUUAAGGGUUUGUGUUUUCUGUAUGGACAUUACCAUUAAAACCCUAACUUUAGUGGCUGUCCAGCAGAAUGAUGAAUGGGUUACAGUACAACAUUUUUACCUCUUUACAAGUUACUGUUUUGAAAUACUUUGUUUUAAAAGUGCUACAUUGAGAUCAAUAUUUUAACCAAAUGAGUGCUAACAUAUGAUUUUCACACAAUUGUGUAAGUAGUUUUGCCAACAAACUUUUUUUCUUGUAAAGCUACAAAAAUCAUUUUUGGUAUUCUGUAAUGUAUGGUGGGUUCUUGCUUAUCAAGCUGAUGUAUUUUAUUAAAAUCUUAAAAUAGGAGGUACAAACAUUGUUUGAUACCUCGCUAUUUUCCAAGGAUCACACUAAAUAAAAGAACGUUUGUAAGAACAAAAUGGUA